GGACCAAGCAGCUGAGGAGAAAGCAGCCAGACGGACCCAUCAUGUCCGACAAACCAGAUUUUGCAGAAAUUGAAACAUUUGACAAGACCAAGCUGAAGAAGACAGAAACCAGAGAGAAAAAUCCAUUGCCCACUAAAGAAACUAUCGAACAAGAAAAGCAAAGUGAAAGCGCAUCCUGAGCGUCAAAUGGACGAUGCGACUGCUGCUUCUUCAGUGGGGUUU